CAGUCUCCAAUAGCAACCUGCUGUCACGUGACCUGCCCAACAACCAACCUUCCAAGAUGGCUGCCGAUCCGGCUUGCAGAAGAUUUCACCAAACCUGACCUAAAAGAACACCAAAGUAACCACAAAUUCUCCUCAGAAUUUCCACAUCGAGGACUCCACAACCUAAGCAGUGUACAGUAUGGAGCUGGGAAUGGCACACAUGUACACCCAUGACAUGGGAGACACCCCCGCACAACUGGUCCUGGACAAGAUGGCGCGGGCCAAGGCUCAGAGACGGGAGGAAGAAAUGAAGGAAGAGCUAAACAAAAUCAAGAUCAGGGUGGAGAAUACCAUUGGUUCCUUUGAGAUGCAGCAGAAGUGGCUGGCUGACCAGGGUUUCACCAACAUGGAGUUUUUUGAUGAUCUGGCUCAGCUUGAGGCGAUCAUCUCCGACUCUGUACAGAAGAAGAAGUACCAGCAUCAGGUGACGGUGUUCAUCGUGGGGUACGAGCAGGCAUCCAUGGAGAGGCUACAGCUGCUGGUACAGCUCAACGAGUUCUUUGUGGUAAACUCUGCAUCCAAAGAAGAGGACACCUUCUCAAUGUCCCCUGACCUUGACCUUGAUGACGUUGCGGAGAGCGUCCGAUCUGCGCUCGACACGGCAGAGAAGGCCGUCCUGCGACUGGGCCAGCUCAACCACGACUUGGUAGCCUUUGUGGGGACCCACAUUUCAGCUAAGGACUCCAAGACCAAGAGUAAGAAGAAGCUGGAGAAGGCCCUGAACCAGGCAAAGGACGACGUCCUCCAGCUGACGGAAAAGUUGAUGAAUGCCCAGGCCGAAAUCAAAGAAAAGGAAGAGAAGAUCACGUCUAUGUUUAAGCAGAUGGAGCUGAAGACCAUUGAGCUACAGAGGUACAAGUCUUCAGCAGACCUAGCCAAGAAAAAUGCAGACAAAGUUGCAGAGGCAGAAUCAGAGCUAGCAGUGAAGGAUGGGGAACUGAGGCAGCUCAGGUCAAAGGUGGAUGAACUACAGGUCAUGCUGAAACAGGCUGAGGAUGCCAAGGAGAACGCACAAAAUAAAAACCGCAACUUUACCAAAGAGAAUGAGGACCUUAUCAAUAAUCUACAAUCCAAGCUGAACUUUGAGUCAUACAAAAUGGAAGAUGCCAUUGAAGAACUGAAGGCUCAGUAUAAGGAACAGAUCACAGACUUGAAGUCUAAACACAAGGACGAAGUCACACAGCUGAAGGACUCUCACUUGGAGGAACUCAAGAACUUCCUGGGGAAAGAUGCUGACCAGUACCUUGGGUCUACCGAUGGGGACAUCCGAGAAUGGGCCUCUUCUAGUGAGGAUGAACGCAGCUUCCCUACAAAAGCUCGCAACAAGAACCUGAGACAGAAGAAGGCUGCCGCACAGAGGAGAGAUGAGCUGAGGAAAUCAUCUGACUCCAUUGAUGAGUGGAGUGAAGAGGGAGGGGGGAUGGUGGAACCAGCAGUGGUGCACGCCUCUCUCACCAGACUACAGUCUCAGGAAGCGCCCAGUUCGGGAGACGAGUCUGUGUCCACUCCCUCGCGGUCGGAGCCCCAGAGCGGUGGCCGUCCGCAGCUGGGCAGUCGCAGCAUGUCCAACCUCACACCAGUGGAGGAGGGUCAGUUUGAGGGCAAGGCUGCUCUAUUGGAGGAGGAGAACUGGGACGAAGUGGCAGAUGGGGAACUAAGACAUAAGUUUGCAGACUACAGACAAAAUGUGAGACAACAUGUCCAGGACCUGGAGUAUCAGCUGAAGAUUGUCGUCACCAAGAGCAACAAGAGGGUCAAUCUGAUGAAGGGGCAGAUGCAGGACCAAAGGAACAAAUUUGAAGGGGAGCGGCAGGUGCUGCUGGAUCAGGUGUCCCAGGCGCAGCGGCUGCAGGAGGAGGCUGAGAAGGAGGCUGACGAGGCCAUGAUGCAGCUGGAAGAGUUCAUCAACGAACAGGAGAGGAUCGAAAUGGCCCAGGCAGACGUGCGAGCCCAGAGGGAGGCACAGGAACAGCAGGUGGCAGACUCAGGUGCACCAACUGCAGCUGUCAGCCAGGUGGACCUCCAACAACUGGCUGAUGUGAACACCAGGAGGAGUUCCACAGCUAGUGCCAAACUGGAGUCUGUCUUUCUUCCUGCUGAGGAGGCAGAAACAGAGGACAGGGAGGCGACAGCGAGGGCCAGCAUCAGCAGCAGGACCAGUCAGAUCCGUGCACAGCUGGAGGAGAAACGUGCUGCCAUGGCAACCAGGAGGUCAAACGCCAAGGUGUCCGCAGGGUCCAGUUUCCACUCAGAUGUGGACGUGCCACUGGGAGACUAUGAAGGAGGAGAUUGGGCAGACAGAGAGAUUUCCACACAGAACACUGCCAGCAGUGUGAGAGCCACAGCAGACCACCCUGCAGUGAAGGAGUACCUGAAAACCUACAGCAGCAUUGUGGACUUCAAAAACAACCUGGCCAAACUCAUGAUCGACAAAGAAAUGAUGUCAGCAUCCCAGCUGCUGAAUGACAUCACACCAGUCCAGUUUGACAGUAACCAGAGUGUGCAGCAACAGAUUAGGGAGAUGAAGGUCAACAUCAGGAUAGUUCUUCAGGAAGUAGGGACCAUCUUCCAGAAUUGUAUCUCUAGUGACUUGGAGGAGAGCAAAUUGCCCCAGGUCUGUGUAAAGGAGGCCUCAACAUCUACGGAGGACAAUGACUCUGGUCUGGAGCACACAGAAGAGGUGAUCUCUCCCAACCCCCCUCCACAAAUUUUGGAGGAACCCCCCCUGCAUGGUGCUGCACCCCCUGUACCCUAUGGUUUUCUGACGGACUAUCGUGUAUCGUCCCUCAUGGCGUCCAGGGAAGGUCCGGGCAGCAGGCCGGCGCCCACUCCCGUCCGUGCUCCGCUGGGGGCCUCACCGUCUGAAGACGAGGCCAGGAGACAACUGGAGGAGGAACUGGACAAACUGCGGGUUGAGCUGGACACGCGUACCAAGGAACACGAGGACCAGCUGAGGCGCAACACGGUCGCCAUGAUGGAGAUGCAGGACGUCAUCCAGCAGCUGCAGCGCGACGUACACCAGGGGUCAGGGGUCAAGGUCGAUCUGGCACUCUCCUCACCAGCUGUUCUAGGCCCCCAGCCUAGUCCAGUGAAGUACAAUGUGCCAGAAACUCCUGCAGAGCAGACCCACCCCCAGCCUGUAGUGGAAUCUGCCAUCAUGUUCUCCCGGCUGGACUCGGACAGGAACGCCAAGAGCCUGAAGAGAGCGGUCAACAGUGGACGACUGUCUCCGGACGUGUAUGAGGAAGUGGUGGGCAUGAUGGACCAGUACGUGGAGAUCCCGGGGAGGCGGCUGCGCCACCUAGCGGAGAAGUACCUGCACCACAGCGAGAUGAAGGCUGUGGAGGAGAACGUGCGGCGCAGCUCCAGUCUGAACGGAGACGUCUUCAAACUACUGGAGAAAAUGGAGACACUGCAGAACAAGCGAGCCCAGAAGUGGAGUGCCCAGAUGGACCGUAUGGGAGACCAUCGUGUGCGCCUGGCUAACCUCCUGAUGGACACACUGGAGACUAUAGAACAGGAGUCUGGCAUCUUCCUCAUCAAACCUAUGUUUGCUUACAGGGGAAGAGCGAGGUUACGGAAGUAUGACGGAAAAAUCAGCAACAACUUUCGCACGCCGAACUGCGGGAGGUACACCCACUUCUGCGACGCGCCCCCCAUCCGCCUGAUGAAGACUCCCGCGCCCACCCCUGCCGCCGCACGACACCCGAGCGACGCCGCAGCCGCCAUGUAUGCCGCGGUGCACGUCGGGCCGACAUCAGGGGUGGUCCAUACUACACACAGCAGGGACAAACCAUCCAUUCCUCAAAUCAGGAAAGAGGAGGAGGAUGUAGAAGAGGUAGACCUGCCUGUACAUGGUGCUGAGUAUGUAGUUGUGGAUCCAAUGGAAACUACUUGGAGUCCGAGGAAUUCCCAUGCUCACCCUCCGGCAGAGACCAAUGGGGCGAGCCCUUCUGGCACAAAUUUCAUCAACACACCUCGUAUCCUGGAGCUGGAUGUCAACAGGAUGCUGAUUGGUCGAAAUACCAUCAGUUUGAGGAUUCCCAAGCCGAGUAUUGGAGACGACCGACUAAAGAACAUCUCACAGACGAACGUCAGGUCAUACAUGACCCUGUCCAGACCAUCAGGCACUGGGGCAUCCAGCAAGAAACCCAAGAGACCACAUUCUACCACAGGUGCAGACGUGCGUGGGUUUGAGCCGCCCCCCUCCACCCCCAUGCCUCGACACCCCGCCAGUGCCGGCGCCAGAGUCGCGCCCUUCCAACUCUCUGACCUACCGAGCUCGCGCCCGCUCCCGCCAAUCCGACUUCCGACCUCCGAGAAAAAGUCUCGCCCCUCCACCUCGCAAACAGGACAGCUCACUGCAGAAUCGGCCUCCCCUGCACCAGGCCCCACCUCCCCUCCUCGCUCCCCCCCUGGCUCAUCCAUAGGCCCCAGUCCUGCUCUACUACCCCCUGCCACCCCUCCUACUGAAGUACACCCCCCUCCCCAAGAAGACCACCCUCUUCCUCCUGAAGAACACCCCCCUGAGACUCAGGAGGUACAGGAGAGCUCCGAGGUGCAGUAUGAAGAUCGUGCGACGUCCGUCAUGACUGACACGUCACAGCAGUCUGAGACUGUUGGCACAUAGCAACCACAACUAGGCUAGCCCCUGAGGCAUCGCCAAAAAUAAUAGUAGUAACUGUCAAUGAAAGACUUCUCACUUGUUAAAAUCAAUUCAAAGUGCCUUUAUGACAGUAGUCAUUCUAGCUUUGGAUAGACACUUAAUGAGCUUUGACAUCAGAAAUCUCUUUGGCUAUGAAAGCUGUGAUAGAAGCCAAACACUUUAAAAAUGAAGAUAAUUAUCAAUUAAUAUGUAACAGGAGCAAAUUUGUAUCUAUUUGUAUAUAGCUUACAGUUCAUUUACACUUCAUGACUUACAAGACAAAGGGUCUGUGUGAUGUACAUGUAUAUUGUACUGUUUGAAAGGCAAAAUCAUAUCAUAGUACAUUAUACUUUGCAGAGAGCCUCACCUGCAACCUAUACAAUAUACCGUGGGGAGGCUCUACUGAUCCGGGCUGAAGUUUCCACUUUUGUGGACAUUGACUGUAACCAGCUGUCAGCCAUUCGGGCAAUUGCCUAAAUGUUUUCUUAAGUAAAGCAGAUCAUCUGUUUGGCUGACAGUUGGUUAGAUGCCACGCCUACAAAACGGAAAACAUUUUCGUAGAGCCUCCCAAAGGAUCUUGUAUUGACCAUGGACAACACUCUGCAUGGUCAAAAUCAAGACACUGUUGCUAACCAGGCAGCUGCAAAGACUCAAGUUGUGAGUCAGUUAUAUAAUUCAGUUGAUGAAAUCAUAUGCAGAGUAAAAUUGUUUUAUAUAGAAUUGUUUUACAGAUUUACCAAAUGGUCAUGUGAGAAUCUAAGAAUACAAAUUAUAGAGAAAUCUACUUUGUUUUAAUGCAUGUUUUAUUCAAAGUAUAUUGUAAAUAUUCUAAAUUUUGUGAAUACUCUAUUUGCAAAAUACCAACUAUUGUAAGAUUUUUUAUCCUUUGCGUCUUGUUUCUAAGAUGCAUUUAAUAUGCAAAAUCUCAGAAACUAUUUUUUAUAGAAAGAUUUCUUUGUAUAUAGAACUAUUGUAUAUUUCAGGGGAGCUUUGUAAAUUUUAUAAUGACUUUCUAUAUGUGUGUAUCAGAAAGAAAAACAAUAUAUGUAUAUGUGCCAAAAUUGUCUGGUGAUGUUUGCUUUUUAUGUAGAAUAAAAUACUUUUUACAUGUCU